UUGAAGGAUGCCGCAGACUAUUUGAAAUAAUAUUCUUGAAUCAUUUCUGUGGUUUCUAUGCUUUUCUUACCAUGAAAUGGAACCACGUUCUUAUCUACACAUGGUGUAUAGAUAACACAGCUUUCUAGAACAAAUUGAGGUCUUCGUAUUAAAGAUGGCAACAAGACGAUCAAGACUGAGUGUAAGACCCAACAUUGGGCCAAAGCCUGGAGGACCCAAGCCUGGAUUGACAAAAACUGCUGCAGAGAAGAAGGGUAAACAACAACAAACUUCCCCAAAAAAGGAGACACUAGAACGGUUGAGGAAAAAGGUCAGUGAUGAUGAUGAUAUUGAAAAGGAUGUAACAGCCUCCAAGGAUGAAUCUGAAUCAGUCGGACAAAUACAACAGAUCAGCAAUAAAGUUGGUAAUGCUGACAAUGAUGGUAAAUCUAAUGAACAGAGUUCUGAAGUUAGCUCCCCAGUCCUGAGAGAACAAUCAGUUUCUUGUAAAGAAGGAAAGGAUACAAUUAAGUCUGGUUCAGAAAGCCAGAACAAGACCACGGCUACAGGGAAAGAUGGUGGAGAGGUUGUACCAGUGCUGCAAAAAUUACCUGUGUCACCCAAAAACAAAGUUCAAAUGAUUACAAGAAACAGACUACCAAAGGCUAGACCAAAUCUCACAGAUGCAGGAAGACCAAGAAAAGCUCCUGACCUGAAUGUCAAAGGGGGGACAACCCAGAGCAGCCCUUCAUCUCCACUGAAAUCACCCAGACCAAUCAUCAGCCAAUCUCCUGAUAAGGCACUGUCCUCACUAGAGAAGUCUACAGUUGUUGCAAGAGAACUUCAAGUCCACUACCCAGUCACAGACGUAACUGACAAUGUCAGUCAAACAUCCAAAUCACUGAAAUCUGAUGCUAAAUCAUCAGUGCAUUCAGGGGAGACAACUGUUGCUGAGCGACGUCAUCGUAAUCUUAGUGGUGUUGACGUACCACCGAUCAUUGAAAGAAGACAAAGACAGAUGAGCACCAGUGAGGCUGUGGUCGGAGAGAAGAGGCAUCGGCAUAUUAGUGUUGCUGAGACCUCGGCCCCCAAACGAAAGAAGCAUGUGAAAGUUGAUGCUCCAACAGACGUCCCAGUUGACCGAACUAAGAUAAAGAUGGGGGACCUGAUUUACUGGAAUCCAUCUUCGAACCCAAUGAAAAAGAAACCAGGACAAGGUAAAAAGAAGAAAAAGUCAAUGUCACCAAGCGAUGACGACGAAGAGGAAACUUCAACCAGUUUGACAACUCCUACAGCAGAGGAGGAAAAGUUGGAUGAUCCAGAACCCAUGGAGGAUGAGGCCAUGCCAGUACCUCAGGUCAAAAUUGGGCCUGAUGGUAAUAUCAUCAUUAACGAGGAAAGUCUCGUCAUAAAGAAUAACGACAGUAUUAUAGAAGAAGAUGGAGACAUCAUUGACGAAACUGAUACUAAUGUUACUUACACUAGCUUUAGAAAGCAAAGACAGAAGCUGUCAUGGUCAGAAAAAGAGACAGAAAAGUUCUACAAAGCCUUAAGUUACAUUGGUACAGAUUUCUCACUCAUACAUAGUGUGUUUCCAAAGAGGAGUCGUAACGAAAUCAAGAAGAAAUUUGCGCUUGAAGACAAGAAGAACAGAGACAAAGUGGAGGCAGCUUUACGCAACAAAAAGCCUUUCAAUAUGGCUGUGUUUCAAGAGGAGGCGGAGGCUGAGGAAGAGAUAACUAAACCGGCACGCAAAACAAAACGAGCCAAAAAGGAAAAUAAAACUGUGGAAAAAUCUGCCAAGAAAAUGACAAAAGAAUGGAGAUAUUAUUAUAAAGAUAAGGAAGGUUCAGAAGAAGAUGAAGCAGUGAAAGCUGCUCAGAAACGACAGCAAGUCGAAGAAGCACGCAGACGUUUAUUGGCAUCACGAAACAGCUCCCAAAAUGUGGCAGCAGGUGUCGAGGAAUCCAAUGAAAUUGUGGAGAUCCUGAUGAACAUGAGUAAGGGAAGUAACCCUGUUCCACCAGCUGUUGACAGGCCACAUGUAGAAAAUGUCAUGGUGAAGCAGUCAGGUAUGCCGGUGGUGGACAUCGGUACCAAUACAGAACAGCUAGUCCAGCUGCUUCAGACUUCUGGGCAGGCUGCUCUCAUUGGCGAUAAUGUUAACGAGCCGCUAAUCCUGGUCUACAAUCGCCCCACUGCACCUGGUGAGGAAACAGUCAUACAUGUGUAUAAAAUUCAACCUGAGAAGGACAGCUCAGUCAACGUUCCUUCAACUUCUCAACAACCUGUUUCUAAUGAAAAUGUGACAGAGUUGAUAGAUAUUAACUUAACACCAGCAAGUAGUUCUGGUAGUGCUGGUUACACAAAUUCUUGUACAUCAGACUUCCUAAUGCAGGGAAAAACUCAAGUUGACAUCAAUUUAGCAAAUUCUUCGGAAACUCAAGAAGGACAAAGAACUUCUGUUCUGUUUGUUCCAAAUCAGACAGAAUUAAUCAAUAAUAGUAGUGCACCAGAACCUGAUUUACAUAAUUAUUAUGAAUCUACAUCACUUGGAGACUCCACUAUGCAGAGUCGAGAACAGCUUGUGACAAAUGCAGAAGUACCAAACACAAGUACUAUUGAAGGCUUGGGAGGAUCUGAACAGGAGCAACCUAAUAUUUAUUGUGCAUUAUCGUGUAAUGACGAGGAAACUGCUGAUGUUCAGAGCAUACCACCAGGAAAUAUAAGCAAUGUAGAUCCAGUUCCAGAAUUUCAUGAACAGUAUAUAGACGAUAUGACUAGUGUUGUUUCCAAACCUCUCGUUUAUACUACAUGAUACUCAGGUUUCAUCUCUUUAAUCUCAGUCACAGCUGUGAGUGCAAUUGCAGGGCAUCAGACCAAAAAACUAAUUGGUUUCCGAUAGUAUGCUUUAAAAUAUAGGGUAAUUUAUUACGCAUGUUCUACUGUUAUUGGUAAUUAUGAUCAACCAAGCAAAAAAUAUAUGUGUUUCCUGUAACAUGUUGGUAAACAUUUUUUGUUUGGCCUGAAGACUGUAAAUGAUAAUUUUAUAGAGAUAUGUGAUAAAAAAAUUUUGUCAUAUAUACAUAUUCCUAACAGUAAAUGAUAAAUGUUCUGACAAGAUCCUGUCCAGUAUUUAAUUCAUGAACAAAGGUGUUUACCUCACAGAUUGUCAUGUUGUUGCCCAACUUUUUUUAUAUCUUAUAAACUUCCAAUGUACCUCAGGGUUUAGCCAUUAUGGAAAGACCAUUAUCAAAGAUGAUACUUGUACUUGGAAAAGAUGAACAAGCAGCUUAAAAAAAUCUGCAUGGUCCCAGUAUACAUCCACCUUCAAUUGAUAGAGAUCCCCAUGGGGAAAAAAUAAAGUUUUUUCAGUUUUUUUUAUUCUUAUCAAAUAUUGAUGUUAUGUACUAGGGUAAUUGAUUAUCUAUACCUGAUAUGUUAGGGAAUGUAUUCUGUGGAAAAUUGAACUCUGGUGUGCUAUAGAAGAUACUCAAUUUUCAGAGUAUUUUCCUUGAUAUUGGUUAAACAGUUACAAUCAUUGAAAUUCAUUGGUGAUGAUUUUUCAGAAACAUUGAUCCAAAAUCCCCACUAACAUCACUGUGACUGAGUUGUUUGUGUAUUAAGUACAAUAAAUGGUAACAUAAGAGACCAUAUUCAACAUAAUAAGCACACCUCUCCUUGUAAAUGCAGCCCCGUGUUUAUUCAGGGAAAGAGAAUAUUGGAACAAAUAAAGACCUGCCCAUAAUCUUCAGUCUUGGGCAUCAUGAAAGUAUGUUUAUGAAAAAGAAAUUGUGUUUUUAUUUUUCCUGUUUAUAUAAUAGAGAUAGAGUAUGUUAUAUUAAAUUAGCAUACUUUACUAUUGUUUCAAUGUAACAGUUACCAGCUAUUGUACAUUGUUUACCUGUUUGUAUAUCAUGAUAGAUAUUAUACAGAUGUACAUAUCUUGUAGUGUUCGACCAAAUCUCUUGAGAAAGAAUCCAGAUACAUCUUUAAUACAACAAGCUGGUACAGGAGAGCAAAUUACCUAGAACUGAAAGUAGAAAAAUGCUUGGUGAUAAAUCAACAACACUAUGAAUGAUCAGCGACAGAGAAUUAGCAAGAAUUAUCUUCAUGAAGUAAAAAGUAUUUAAUGGACACAAAAAAUGCAGCAUUUAAGUCUUUCUACAAAUAUAUUGUAUUUAGCUUCAACUGAUAAAGUAGAAAGUCCUUGUUGAUAUACAAUUUCUAAAUAUUUUGCCAAAAGUAUUAUGAACAUCCUCGCUUUCUCAGAUGUGUGGAACAAGUGACAGCAAAGAUUUGUUUUCACCCGAGUAGGAAGACAGAGAUCACCAGCUCUUUAAUACCUGUAUAUAUUUAAUGUCCCUUCCACCUCAGUCUCACAUCCUUGCCAGUCAUAAUGUCUUUAAAAAAUGGUAACUCCAGCUGGAUUAAAAAAAAGUUGUGCAGACAGGGCUUCUGUUUUAUGCCAUAAGUCGUGAGGAUUGAGGAUCCUUCUUUACAAAGCCAAUAACACUGAAAAGUAUCAAUCUUGUCCUCGGUCACUGGCAGGGGUAUUCAUGUUGCAGACACCAAGCACAAGCUGUAGUAUUCCAAAAGUUUUGAUGUGUACAGCUUAGUUCAGACCUUCGAAAUAGAAUCAUCUUUCUAAAUAACAUUUUAUAACAUUUUAGAUACACAAAUGCUGACUAUAGCUUCCCAGGGACCAUAUCAGUUACCAUAGAUAUUCAUAACACUCAGGAUGGACUGCAAACCAACACACUGCAUUUACAUGGAAAUAUAAAGUUAUGAAAUGGAAGGCAUUGUUUCGUACAGAAUUUUUUUUAUGUCGUGUUUGUUUACUUUGGCCAGUCUUGUUUGUCUUACUAAAGGUGGGUCAGUACCUUUAGAAAAUAAAGAUUAAAAUGUGAUUUUUUUUUCUGAAAUGAAAUGUUUUUUCUCUAUUCACCCGUUAAGAUCCCAAUUCAAAGUUUCUCGAGAUGUUUUUAUUACUUAGAGAAGUUAAAUGUUUAUC